AUGCCUAUUUUAAAACAAUUUGCUCUUAAAAUUUUUGCAAUCAUUCCACAUGGUGCAGCUAUUGAAAGAUUAUUUUCUUCACUUGAACUUAUUAAAACAAAAAAUCAUAAUCAAAUAAAUCCAAAAUUACAUACUGAAAUUAAAACCAAAUUAGCUAAUCAAAAUAAUCAAGAAAAUUAUUCGGAUUUAGUAAAUGAUAAUUACAAAAUUGGUGAAACUAAAGAUCUUUUUGAUUUUUCUAUUUUAUUAUCACAAGAAGUUACUUCUAUAAAAUUAUCAAAAAAUGAGGAUUGGACA